UCUCUAUCGAAAAUCUCCAACUUUUUUUGUUUUAUCAGAUUGUAGAAUUAGGGAAGAGACUUUCGCAAGCAAUCUAGAAGCAAAUCGAUUCCCAAAUCUCCGGAUUAUUUGCAAGAUUCAUUCCCAAAUAAUCUUCCCCAGAUUCUCCACUUCUCCAGACUCGAACAGGUAUUAAUUUGUAUUGAGUGGAUUAGAUUUCAAGAUAUGAGAGCCACACUGGCGUUCUAAUUUCACUGUUUCGUAUUUUUAUUAAUCAGCUUGAAGAAGACGACGAAGAUAUGGCUACAUCGAAGAAAAUGAUCACACGUGAAGAAUGGGAGAAGAAACUAAAUGCUGUGAAGCUUAGGAAAGAAGAUAUGAAUACUUUGGUGAUGAAUUUUCUUGUGACUGAGGGAUAUGUUGAAGCUGCUGAGAAAUUCCAAAGGGAGUCUGGAACCAAACCAGAGAUUGAUCUUGCGACCAUCACUGAUCGAAUGGCUGUUAAAAAGGCUGUCCAAAACGGAAAUGUCGAGGAUGCGAUUGAAAAAGUGAAUGAUUUGAAUCCUGAGAUACUAGACACGAAUCCCGAGCUCUUUUUUCAUCUUCAGCAACAAAGGUUGAUAGAAUUAAUUCGACAAGGGAAGACAGAUGAGGCCUUGGAGUUUGCUCAGGAGGAACUUGCACCACGUGGCGAAGAAAACCAAGCGUUUCUGGAAGAAUUGGAAAAAACUGUAGCCCUACUUGUUUUUGACGAUGCCUCUACCUGCCCGGUUAAAGAGCUUCUUGACCUUUCCCACCGCCUUAAGACAGCAAGUGAGGUAAAUGCAGCGAUUCUUACAAGCCAGAGCCACGAAAAAGAUCCUAAACUUCCAAGCUUGUUGAAGAUGCUGAUUUGGGCUCAAAAUCAACUGGAUGAGAAGGCAGUGUAUCCGCACAUUAAUGAUUUGUCUACUGGUCAGCUCGAAGACCCGUCAGAAUGAUUCCGUACUUCUUUCUGCAAUUGAAAAAUAGUAGCAAAAAGGAACAAUGAAUGGUGCUCUUCUCUUCCCUUCAAUCUCAAUUUCUUAUAAUUCAUAUGCUUUCUGCUUUUCCUUUUCUUCUGCAUCGGGAUUUGUUGGACCCGCAAUUGUUAGGAUAUGUGGAGGGGAACAUAAGCUGUUGUAGGCAAUGAUUUAUUCUAGUCAAAUGUUCUUAUUAUCAACAUAUUUCAUAACUCCUUGCAUAUGUGCAUUUGAUUUGAAUGAAGUUAUCGACUUUUGUUUGGAUC